AAUACAACCACCUGAGGGAUGAGUGAUACAGUAUACACAGACACAAACCCGAGUCCAGGGAGAAGGAGAAACAGUAAAGAAUUUGAUCCACCUAACAUGUCUGGAGACUCUGGCAGUGAGGACGAACUGGAGGAGAGACAGAGGAGGGAGGAGAGACAGAGGAGGGAGAUGGAACUGGAGGAGAGACAGAGGAGGGAGAUGGAACUGGAGGAGAGACAGAGGAGGGAGAUGGAACUGGAGGAGAGACAGAGGAGGGAGAUGGAACUGGAGGAGAGACAGAGGAGGGAGAUGGAACUGGAGGAGAGACAGAGGAGGGAGAUGGAACUGAAGAGGGCCAGGAAGGAAGUGAAGAUGCUUAAGGACUUGGAACCAAAAUACCAGGAAAAGAGGAGAGCGCUGAAUGAAGGAAUCAUUGAGGCUGGUAGGAUUAUAUAUCGCCUUGUACACCCUGCCGCAGUGGGCGGGGCUGCAGCAGCCGCAGGCUGUACAGCUGCUGUAGUGGCGACAAUACUUACAGGAGGCCUAGCGGGAAUCUGAAUUGGAGUCGGAGUGGGUACUGCUCUCCUUGUGUUAAUGAUGUCCAUUAACAUUCUUUUAACGAGAUUGAGAGAUCGUGUUAUCAAGGACAUGAAUGAUGUCAUUGAAACAGCCACAAUGGUUAACGAGCGCAUAAAGGAAGUCAAUGAAAUCCUGUCCUUGGGGGUCGUCACUGAGUCUGACACAGAAUUCAAGAACUUGGUCGAAGAGAUUAAAGACAACGCUCGAGGCGUUUUAGAUAACAUUAAAACAACAGGUGUUUUCGAUGAGAGAUUUAAAUCCAUUCUAGGACAGAACAGAGACAAAGCAGCAAAAGCAAACCUGAUCCGUCAGUGUGCAAAAGACAUUGAGUUCAAUAUAAACCUGAUGGAUGGUUUAUUUUCAAAUAUUGUAAAGGUUAGUUAAAAAAAAUGCUCACCCCGCGCACCAGCGACUCCCAUGGGUGUUUGACUCCCUC